AUGGAGACUGUAUUUUAUGAAGAAGAUUUAAAUGGUAAUAAUUCAAUAAUAGAAGAGUUCCAACUGUGGCAAAGAAAACUUAAAAAAUUGGAAAUAAAACCAAAAAAUUCAAUUGAUGCACUGAAGUUGUGUAAUGCAGACAUAUAUCCAGGAGUUAAUAAGUUAUUUCAAAUUUUGUCUACACUUCCUAUAUCUACGGCUUCAAACGAACGGACUUUUUCAUCACUAAAACGAAUUAAAACAUAUCUACGAAAUACAAUAUCUGAGAAAAGACUUAACGGAUUGGCUAUGUUAAAUAUUCACAGGGAUCUUGAAAUCACUGUUGAUGAAGUGAUAGAGGAGUUGGCAAAAAAAUCUAGACGACUGGAAUUUAUUUUAUAACAAUACUUUUCAUAUGUAGUGCUUAAUACAAUAUAUAAAUAUAUAAUAUUACAUAAGACUAUA